AGACUUGCAAAAGUCCGAUAUUUACACGUCAAUUUGAAGAGUUCUUUCACAUUAAAAAUUAUUUUUUUAAGCAUGUGUUAUUGAUUUACUUACUGAGAUUUGGACCAUUUGGUAUUUAGUUACAUAUUUUGCUUCCUCACCAAUUCUUACAAGCAAGAGAGUAGUCUUUGUUUAAAUUUGUGUACUUUUUCGUUGCAGGUCAUUUCGUUACCUUUGCAAGUGAGAUUUCAUAAAAUAGAGACAUGAGAAGUGAGGUUUUGAAUUUACUGGCAAAUGAUUAAUUGAUUGAGUGAUUAUCCAAAUAUAUUACUCACAAAUUUAAAAGUGAAAAAGACUAUUCACCCCCCUUCAACUGACUCUUAAUAGAAUUUUAGAAAAGUUUUGAAUGGUCCUGUAAUUAGUCAUGUAUUCCUUUUUGGAUGUAAUUCUUUUUUUGUUGCUAUUUGUUUGACAAAAUAGAUAAAAAAAAUUAUAUUUAUAACGGAAACUUUAUAUUAAAUGAUAUAAAAUAGCUUACAGAUAUAAAUCUUUGAAUCACUUUUUUAUUUACACUAAAAUUAAUAAAUUAAUUUUUUCAUCGAAACAUUUUUACAUUUAUACAUGUAUCUAUAGAUAAAUACAUAUACACAUGAUAUAUAUAUAUAUGUUGAUGCACAUAUGCAUAUGCAUAUAUUAACAUAUUAAAGUCCUAAAACAUAAAAGUGUCCAACUUCACCAUUUUAAGUUUUUAACGUGGAAGGUUUCUUAUGUUGUACGAAAAUAUCUUAUAAGAGUCGUUUUUCUAUUUUUGAAAUAUUUUUCAUUCUCAUUUUAAAUCUUAUUUAUGUUUAUUUUUAAAAAAUAUUCAUUUUUAUAUAUUUAUUUUUUAUUACAAAUAUUUUUCAUUUUCGUUUCCACCACAUAAAAAGCUCCUAACUCAGAUUUUCACUCAAUUAUGAUCUCUCUCAAUUAUUUUAUUUUACAACAAUUAAACACGCCCUUAUCCAAUCAUACAAACCGUGCAGUGACUUGGUCCGAGAAAGAUGGCUUCCCUCUUCAAUCUAUCUUUUCCACGUUUACUCUGUCUUGCAAUCACAUCACAGCUGCAAGUGAAAGAAAUCCCACAACCCGAAAGCUGUUAUUCUCAGACCCCCAAGAUUUUGGAUCUUUUCCUGGCAAGGGCCGACCGUUGGCCCCGACCAGUUCCCCUCUGCCCGGCGGCGCUUCACCGCCGCUAUUCUCGCUGCCUUUGGCACCAGAGCUGCCGCCGUUUCUGGGCGCGGCCAGACCGCUACAGGGUCUCGGUUUACCGCCGUGUCUGCCGCCGGCGAAGAGUGGGGUGUGGCUAAGCCGACCUUGCCGACGACGACCUUGCAGGAAGCCACGGACUAUGUUUGUGGAGUUGGAGAUUGCGAAAAGAUUAAGCCGCAUGGGAAUUGCUUCUCGCCGGAAAAUGUUUAGGCUCACUAUUGAUCGGACCGCGUGAUUCCACGUGUUGCAUGAUUGAACAGAGAGCUCUCUAAUUGUUGCAAAUUUAGACAACCGAUUGGCAAUUGGAUCAAAGUCUAAAUUGGAGUGCCACACUGCCAAAUCACAGUGCUUUAUGCCUUUAACACACACACACGCACAUAGAUAUAUAUAUUCAUAAAAAUUCACAUAUACAUAUAUAUAUAUAAAUAUACACACAAAAUACAUAUUUUAUUUUU